CAACAGAUGCUCAAGCGAGUAUAAAUACCAGCACAUUUAGCACACUCAACAUCAGACAGGUGAAAAGAGCUGACAAGAUCAGGAUCUGAAGAAAUCUUGGUGCAACUUAAACCACUCACACACUCUGAAGAUGAAGACGUUCAGUGUUACAAUUGCAGUGGCCAUCAUGCUCACCUUCAUCUUCCUUCAGGAGAGUUCUGCUGUCCCAGUCACCGGAGAACAAGAGCUGGAAGAAGUGAUGAGCAAUGACAGUCCAGUUGCUGUACAUGAAGAGACAUCUGUGGAAUCAUGGAAGAUGCCGUAUAACAGACAGAAACGUGGCAUUAAGUGUCGCUUUUGCUGCGGCUGCUGCACCCCCGGUAUCUGCGGAGUGUGCUGCAGAUUCUGA